CGACGCCGCGCCCCGGCCCGUCGUCGCGCGCAUAUCGUCCUAUCUAUCAUGCCCGCGCCGCCCCCGGUCGCCGCGUCCUCCUCCUCUCUCCUCCUGUCGCGCGUCCUCGCGCUGGAUCCGAUCGCGCUCCUCGCGUGCGCGCUCUUUCUCAUGGGCGUCUACUUCGCCCUCGUCCUCGCCGCGGGCUCCUCCCCGCUCGCGCGCAUCGUCCUCUUCAAGACGUCGCUCUUCGCGCGCUCGGUCCGCCAUCUCGCGCUGUCGCGCGAGAAGAGCGGCUGGCCGAAGACGCGCCCGGACCCGGACGUCGUCGUCGCGGACGUCGCCCUAUCGCCGCCGCGAGAGAAGCGCGUGAUCUUCGUGCGUCACGGCGAGAGCACGUGGAACGAGGUCUUCAACCGAGGAUUCGGGCCGGGCUUCCCGCUGCGGCUCGCGUGGGGGCUUCUCCACGAGGCCGCGGUGAUUUUCUCGCGCGGCUCGUUCUUCGUGGACGCGCCGCUUUCGCACCGCGGGUACCGCCAGGCACGGGAGCUCAGAGCGUUCUUGAAGACGUACGAGCCGACGGGGGACGGGACGACGACGAACCCGGACGCCGCGGCGCUCCGCGGCGACGUCAGAUCGAUCCUCGUCGGGUCGAACCUCCGCCGCGCGGUCGCGACGAUCGCGAUCGGGUUCUGGGACCGCAUCGCGCGCACGCGCGAGAAGAUCAUCGUGCACUCCGCGCUGCAGGAGAUGGCGCGGAACGUCGACGCGUACGCCAUCGCGCGGCGCGGCGAGGCGGUGCCGCUUGACGGCGUGGAGGCGAAGAUCGGCGGCGGCGAGACGAUGGAUCAGAUUCCGUCGUGCGACGCGCGGAACAACGAGGGGAAUAAGAAAGUCGAUCGGUGCGGCAACGACGCGCUGCUCGAGUUCGCGGCGUGGGUCGUGGAGAACACGAAGGACGCUGACUGCGUCAUCGUCGGCGGGCACUCGCUGUGGUUCAAGGAGUUUUUCAAGGCGUUUUUACCGCGGCGCUCGGACCACGUCGCGAAGAAGAAGAAGAUCGUCAACUGCGGCUGCGUCGGGUUCACGCUCCAGGCGGGGCGCGACGACGACGGGCGCGUCGCGUACAGGAUCGAUCCGAAGAGUGUCGACGUCAUCUACGGCGGGUUCGCGAAGUGAGUGAGCGCAGGAGGAGGACGGGAGGGGGGUGGGGUGGAUCGAACCGCGGCGGGCGCCCUGGCUCGAGGGGGCGCCUGGAAUUUAUUCUGAUGAGCGAGCGUUGCAACGAAAAGCGAAACGCGUCGCGUCG